AUGGCGCGCCCCCCGAGCCCACGACCAAUGCUGCCUGCACUCCUGCUGCUGCUGCCGCUGCUUUCUCCCUCCCCACCCUCUGCCUCUGGGGACCACCUCCCCACAGAAGGCCGGCUCAUGAACAGCUGUAUCCAGGCCAGGAGGAAGUGCCAGGCCGAUCCCACUUGCAAUGCUACCUACCACUACUUGAAUUCCUGUGCCUCUAGUAUAAGCACCUCAUCACCUGCAGAGGAGCCUUCAGUCCCCGAGGACUGCAUGGAGGCAGCACAGCAACUCAGGAAUAGUUCUCUGAUGAGCUGCACAUGCCAUCGGCGCAUGAAGAACCAAGCUACCUGCCUGGACAUCUACUGGACCGUUCACCCUGCCCGUAGCCUUGGUGACUAUGAGCUGGAUGUCUCUCCCUAUGAAGACACAGUGACCAGAAAACCCUGGAAAAUGAAUUUCAGCAAACUGAACAUGCUCAAACCAGACUCGGACCUCUGCCUCAAGUUCGCCAUGCUGUGCACUCUUAAUGACAAGUGUGACCGGCUGCGCAAGGCGUACGGGGAGGCGUGCUCCGGGUCCCGCUGCCAGCGCCACACUUGCCAAAGGCAGCUGCGCUCCUUCUUCGAGAAGGCGUCGGAGCCCCACGCUCAGGGCCUGCUGCUGUGCCCGUGCGCGCCCACCGACCAGGGUUGCGGGCAGCGCCGGCGCAACACCAUCGCCCCCAGCUGCUCACUGCCAUCGGAGGCCCCCAACUGCCUGGAGCUGUGGCACAUAUGCGUGGCCGACCCGCUGUGCAGAUCGCGCCUGGCGGAUUUUCAGACCCACUGCCAUCCCAUGGACAUCCUAGGGACCUGUGCAACAGAGCAGUCCAAAUGUCUGCGAGCAUACAUGGGGCUGAUUGGGACUGCCAUGACUCCCAACUUUGUCAGCAACGUCAAUGCCAGUGUUGCCUUAAGCUGCACCUGCCGAGGCAGUGGCAAUCUGCAGGAGGAGUGUGAGCGGCUGGAAGAGUGCUUCUCCCGAAACCCCUGCCUCAUGGAGGCCAUUGCAGCUAAGAUGCGUUUUCACAGCCAGCUCUUCUCCCAGGACUGGACAGCCUCUACCUUUUCCAUGAUGGAACGCCAGAACAAAAACCCUGCUCUGAGGCCACAGCCCUGGGUGCCCUCUCUUUUCUCCAGUACACUUACCUUGAUUCUGCUCCUGAGCCUCUGGUAG